UUGGCGACCCUGCCCAUGGCAGGGGGGGUUGAAACUUGAUCUUUGAGGUCCUUUUCAACCCAGGCCAUUCUGUGCUUCUAUGAUUCUAUGACAAGAGAUGGCUUGAGAAGGUGAAUGCUAGUCCUAACAGGGCCGCAGAUCCCAGGACAGUGGGAACUGGCAGCUCCAAAAACAGGAAUAGAGUGCAACUGGAGGCUCACUGCUGGAUGAGGGCAGCGUCCUGGUGACAUGGGACAUGCUUUAGGUGGAAAGUCUUCACCAGCACAGACGGCCUUGAGAGAGCUGUGCCCGGUCUCAGGUGCCCAGCACAUGAGAGUGCUGGAGUUAUGGGAGAGGGCCCAUGGAGGACCACCAGGCUGACUAAGGGGAAGCAUGGCAGAAGAACACAGGGGGCCCUGCUGACCCAUGCCUUCCUGUGGGCGUGAGAGCUGCUACCCCUAGGGCAGCUGCUAGCACAUGGGCCUCUGUGGGCCCACAGCCACCGCCAGGGCUUUGUGAUGCGUGAGCGGCACCAUGCCCAAAGGCCACUGUGACAUGAAAGAGCAACCACAGCAACAACGUCCAGGGCGAGAGUUCUCAGGGUGCCCACUCUGAGGAGAGCAGUUCUCUCAGGAGGCAGCAGCUCCCCUGGGUGUCUUUCUCUGGUCUCCAGACAAGGACAUGGAGAUGCCGAAGGAAGAGGAGCCUAAGGCUCACUCCCAGCCCAACAAAGGGCUGCCAGGUAUACAGGAGCACCACCAGGUGAUCCGCAGGCCACCUCACACAAUGACAGCAGGCAGCCAGAGCCCAGAAUCCAGCCUCCACGAGGACAGGCUGCUGCCGCUGCCAUAUCCAUGUGGCAGCCACCAGGCACAGAUGAACAAGCUGGAAGACAGUGAGACACUGUCCCACGGAAGUGUCUCACAGGAGUACACAGACAGCGUAACCAGCUUGCUACCUCUGCCAGAGCAGGCAGUGGCUCAGACAGCCGCACCACAGCACGUGCCAGUAGCUGAGACACCAACAUCUGCUAGUGGCACCUGCGAGCUGCCUGAUCUGCAAGCAGCAGCCUCUGCCUCUAGUGGCAGAGGAAUGGAAAAGGCCUUUGUGCCUGAAGCCCCAGGCCAUGAGAAGCUUUGUGCAACUGCUCUGGACAGCCUUGGCAAACAGGAUGAAGAAGCAAGGCCAGGCAAACAGAAAUGUGCUCCACCAAGCCCAGCCGUCAGUGACACAGCAGUGGAGGACACUGUGCAAUCCCUCCUGCCACAAGUCCAGACAAAAACUGCUGCUGUAUGCCUCAGACAGCAGGACCUGACACAAGCCCAGCAAGCAGCGGGAGAAGCAAAAGCAGACGAGCCCCAGGAGGCCACGAACAGAGUGCACGUCACUCCUCAAUCAGGGCCUGAUCCCCAAGUGCAUAUAGCAGCAGUGGCUGCCCACAGAGAAGCUGUGCCAGCUUCCUCAGGCAGGGGCUACACGCCAGGGCACCAGGAAGGGAUUUGGGCUAGUCAGCACUCAGCAGUCCUGAAUCCAUGCAUCCCGUGCCAAGUGGUAGGGGCUAGGAUGUGGGUGCACCAUGAGACUCGAGGGCAAUGUCAAAAGAGCUUGUUAUCGAAGACAGAGCUUCUGAAGGAGAUGGGUAGAAGUUGCGCGGCCCAUACUGGGCAAAGCCUAGCUGACUUCUGGGAAAUAACUAGGCAGAUAAAGAAGCUGAGGAAGCAGAGAGCAGGGCAGGAAGUCCCGUGUGUUUCACACUAUGAGCCACAGGACAUGGCAGAGGAGGAGGAGCUGGAAGAAGGUGGUGAUGAAGAGCCAAAGAUCAAAACCCACUGGGUCAACCCCAGGAUCACAGGCUUCUGCCAGGGCCCACAGGCUCCUCCUCAGCAAACGCCUGGCUCUUCCAGCAUCACAGACACAGAGGCUUCAGGAGAGUCAGAUGGCCAGGCACAGAGCACAGCUCUUCCUGCGUCAAGGCACACAGAUGCCAAGGCAAAAGCUUCUGCCUUGGCUGGUGGUGCCUGGGAUGAUGGCCAUGGGACACUAGCGCCCACACCAACACUGGAAGAAGAGAAUGCUUCAGCUUCUCCUCUCCUGAGUGAACGGAGCACAGCUGCGAGGGAUGAGAGCCAGAGGCCUUGUCUGCACGACCCCACAGCCUGUGCCAUUUCUCUGGAGGACACAGCCCAGGCCUUGAUGAACAAGCUGGAAGACAGUGAGACACUGUCCCACGGAAGUGUCUCACAGGAAUACACAGACAGCGUAUCCAGCUUGCUACCUCUGCCAGAGCAGGCAGUGGCUCAGACAGCCGCACCACAGCACGUGCCAGUAGCUGAGACACCAACAUCUGCUAGUGGCACCUGCGAGCUGCCUGAUCUGCAAGCAGCAGCCUCUGCCUCUAGUGGCAGAGGAAUGGAAAAGGCCUUUGUGCCCGAGGCCCCUGGCCAACAAGAAUCUCUCCCGCCUGCUUGCGGGACUCAAGGUGAGCGCCAGCCACGGCGUGCUCUGUUCAGGAGGGCGCUUGGGUGUCUGUUCAGGGUUUGCUGCUGCUGCUGCAUCACAAGACAGGAAGAGUAGCCGUGUCAGGCCACCAGCACCGGGCAACUUCUCAGAGCUGGCUGCUGGCCCCCAAGUAGCUGUGCAGCACCCUGAGCGAUCAUCACAGGUCAUAGCAAGACAGCACCUCAAGAAUUAACCCCCCCACCUCACAGUACACCCUUCCUGCAUCCUCAGCAGGCUUAGCUUGGCACAGGGGGGCCCACAGGGAAACUUAUGCCGAAGUACUAUCAUGCUCAGGAGGUUCCAUGUGAAUUGGAAAUUCUGAAACGGAAGCACUUUCAAAGGCUGGCCUACAGCCGACACCUCUGUGGUGCACAGAAGGACACUGCCAGGUAUGUGGAGCGUUUGAAAUCGGUGAAGAAGCGUCAUCGAGGCUGCGGCAGGAAGCAAAGGGAGCCGAGAGAAUCUUGGCUG